GUGAGAAAUUUCUAAAGCAGCUGCAGAAACCACCAGGGCCUAAAGAAGGAGACAGACAGCCUUGCCAGGACUCAAGCAGCUGUGCAUCAUGAGCAAUCAAGAGAAUGUGUCUGCUGUCACCGUCCCCAGUAAUGUCCAUGUCAUGCAGCCUACAUAUGCUGUGGUCUCUGGAAGCCCUGGGCAGCCUUUGGAAAAGACCACCACCUACCCAACCUCAGCAACAAUGCUCCAGUAUAACCCAGGGAGUGCAAACUUCCAGAACCCACACAUCAUGAUCCAGAAUCCCACUGGAACAACAGGCCUGCAGGCUAGGCCCACUGGACUACAGUAUCCAGCAGGAAUGGCUGGCGUGCAGGCUCCACCAGGAGUAAUCCAGUACUCACCAGAAGUAACAAGUGUCCAAAUCCUGCCUGGAGACCCUCAGAAUCCCCUGAACACUGUCCCCGGGCCAACACAGACCUCAAGCUUUCCCCAGUGGAACAUGUCCUUUAUGUCCUUUCCUGAAUUUAAUCCCAAGAAAUUCAUAAAUGAAGAGGUCAGAACAUUAGGGGCCAUCCAGAUCCUCAUUGGCCUAUUUCAUAUCUUCGCUGCAAUCAACCCUCAACUCUACAACACAAAUACUCCUUUGCUGGGGUGCUCAGGGUACCUGGUCUGGGGAGGCCUAUCUUUUAUUGUCUCUGGAUCCUUGUCAGUCUUGGCUGAAAAGGAUGCCAACAGUUGCGUGGUGAACAGCAGCAUUGGCAUGAAUGUCGUCAGUUCCAUCUUCUCCUUGAUUGGUAUCAUCAUUAUCAUCACACAGUUGUCUAUUUCCCCGGAUGUUAAUGAUCCUUGGACGAGUUCUUUUAAGGCAGUCGUUGGCAGUCUCCUUCCCUUCGCCCUCCUGGAAUUUGUCCUCACCUGCACAGUCUCACAUUUUGGAUGCCAGGCUGUCUGCUGGACCCAUUUUGAGAACAUAACAAUGAUCCCAACCAUGUUUGGUGGCAACACAGUCAACACAACCACUGGACCUGUCAACACCACCAGCCCAAAUAGUGCCACCAGCAUCCCAGACCAGACCACCCUCCCCAGUGAUGUUCCCCUUGAACAAGUAUACCAAGAUGUAGACCAGAAAUAGUUGAUGGAAUAACUGACAGAAUGCCCAUUUCAACGACAUUUCAAAGGAAGUGCUGCUACAACAAUAUCUUUGUUUCACCUUGAAACACCUGUGACAUUGACUUUGGCAUUACCUCUAGGCCAAGAUGAACAUCCAUUUUUUUCCACCUCUUUACUCUUAAGCUUCCCUUUGGUUUGUUAUUAAUUGUGCUUUUUAAUUCAUAAUCCUUUUUCCCUUUGACCUAGGUAUCUUUUAACUUUAACAAACUGCAUACAAUGUUG